ACAAGACACGGGGGCGGGGUUAACGUCCAAAGCUGCGCACCGGUUCCCAACUGAUUGGAAGGGACGGAGUGGGUGGAACCUUCUGACCCGGGCCGGUGCCUCUGUCGCUAGGGACGCUUCGGCCCAGGUAACUGCCAUGGAUCAGGAAGAGGGGUCGACCACGUUGGACAACAUAGUCACUCAGUUCAACACCUAUGAAGAUUUCCUGGACUCGCAGAUCACUACGGUGGACCUGUACUACCUGGAGGAUGAAGGCCUGGCCCGCCAGUUGGUGGAGCUAGGCUACCGAGGGACUGGAGAGGUGGUAAAAAGGGAAGAUUUUGAAGCAAGGAAAGCAGCUAUAGAGAUUGCAAGAUUGGCUCAAAGAACUCAGAAAACGACAUUAACAAGUGCUGGUAAAGACCUGCAAGACAAUUUUCUGAAGGCUCUGGCAGUGAGAGAAGAAGAUAAUCGCAGUGGAAAAGUGAGCUCCGUGAUCUUUAUUCGUGACAGAAAUUCUCAUGGGCAGGAGGUGUCAGGAUACAUCGACUAUGCCCACAGGCUAAAGACUGAAGAUUUUGAAGUCUACUUUAGUGGGAAAAAAAGACUUCUUCCAAGACCCACGGAUAUGAGCUUUUACAACUGGGACAGUCAUAUUGCUGUUUGUAAUUCAACUCCCAAUUACCAAGUGAUUGCUGAUAAUCCAGAAGGCUUACUUUUUAAAUACAAAAAAGACAGAAAAAUUCUCAACGUGGACCCUAAGGCAAGAAGGGAUUCUUGGAAAAAUGGCUUGAUUCUGAGGCUGAGAUAGGGAAAGUACAAGUGUCUGGAAUAUCUGUGCCAGAAAGAAAAGAAGUUCUGGAAAAAUGAAGGGGACUUAUCAAAAGGACACAGAAUCUACCUUGAAAAGGUUCCCACUGGCCAAACCUGGGACAGUUCGGGCAUCAAAAUAAGCAAUGAUGACAACAGGCACAAAAUAGGAAACCAUGAGGUUUCUACAUAAAUGAAUAAAUGGAAAGUUUGAUGAGGAACAGGAUAUUUACAUAGUAUCUCCCACAAAAUAUUUAUUAAUUACAGAGGGAACAAUGGAAAAGCCUGGAAGACACCAUUUUCAGUAAAUGAUCAAAGAGAAUAUGAUUAGUAAUGAGGUACACUGAUUUGUUCCCCACCAAAUAAGAUGCAACAGAGGAACUCAGCAUCCCUUUUGUAAUAAUCCUGCCAAAGUUACAUACCCUGAACCUAAUCAAAAGGAAAAAAUACAGACAAACCCAAAUCCAGGGACAUUAUACAAAAUAACUGGCCUAAUAUCUUCAAAAGUGUCAAGAUCAUCAAAGCAGAAGACCGAGAAAUCAUCCCGGACUGAGGGAAACCAGAGACAUGAUCAAGGCAACACAGGAUUCUGAGUUUUAUCCAUAUCCUAUAAAGGGAAUUGGGGGACAAUUGGUGAAAAUUGAAUGGUUUCUAAAGAUUAAAUGGUCAUAAUGUAAAAUGUUUAUGUCCUGAUUUUGAUGAUUAUGUUGUGGUUAUAUAAGAAAAUGUCCUUGAUUGUAGGAAAUUACACUAGAGCAUUUGGGACUCAAGGUGCAUCAUCAACAAAUUAUUUAUAAAUAUCUCUGAGGAAAAAAAAUCUUUGUGCUGUACUUGCAACUUUUCUGUAAGUCUGAGAUUGUUUUUGAAAUAAAAUAAAUGUUUGCUUUGUUACAUUUAUAAGUUCAAAACUCUAAUUAUAUUUUAAGUAUGUGUACAAAUUAUUUUGUUCUAUCUAUACAGAUUUGAUGAAAUUUUAGCAAUAAUUUUUAUGAGUUCUUCUAUAGUUUAGUUAACUAAAUAACUUCAAACAUUUUAAAUUUUAUCUAUGAACUUCCUUACAUUCAAUUUUCUAGUGAUUUCAA